AUGCAGGAGAUGAAAGAGGCUCGAGAUGAAUAUGAGUCACUUGAUUUAGACCUAGAAGACUUCAAGGGGGAUUUCUCAUUUGAUGGAUUAUAUGCAAAGUUAGUAAAUGGGAUGUUGCCAGCUUUUCGUGAUGAAGAGAUUCACUCAAUGGAAGGAUUGAUAAGUGUUACUACAAAUGAUGCAGUGCCAAGUGGCAAGUCAGCUAAAGGCCAUUCAAGUCCCUUAUUUCCUAAAGUGGAUGCUUUAUUGUUAAUCUUUAAGGAUUCUUGUACGCAAUUAUACGAACUUCAGAAACAGAUUGAUGGGAGACUACAUAAGCUUAAGAAGGAUGUUGUUUCCCAAGACUCUAAACAUACCAAGACACUCGUUGAGAUAGAAAAAGGUGUAGAUGCAAUAUUUAGUAGUUUUGCAAGAUUGGAUUCCCGUAUUUCUAGCGUUGGACAAACAGCUGCUAAGAUUGGGGAUCAUUUACAGAGUGCAGAUUCACAACGAGAGACUGCUAGCCAAACAAUGGAGCUCAUAAAGUAUCUGAUGGAAUUCAACAGUAGCCAAGACGACCUCUUACAACUUUCCUCACUGUUUUCUGAUGACAAGCGUGUUGGGGAGGCUGCUUCUAUUGCACAAAAAUUACGUUCAUUUGCUGAGGAAGAUAUUGGAAGGCAUGGUGUAUCCCUUGAAUCAGGGAAUGCAACUGCUAGUAAAGGACUGGAGGUUGCGGUUACUAAUCUGCAAGAAUACUGCAAUGAACUGGAGAACAAGUUGUUGACUCGAUUUGAUGCUGCAUCUCAGAGAAGAGAAUUGACUAAUAUGGGAGAGUGUGCAAAAAUCCUUUCACAGUUUAACAGAGGCACAAGUGCGAUGCAACAUUAUGUGGGUUUAAGGCCAAUGUUUGAUGUUGAAGUCAUGAAUGAAGACUUGCGGUUAGUUCUUGGUGAUCAAGAUUACACACGUGAUUCCACUGAAGUUGACAAUGCACUUUCAACACGCUACAGACAGAUAAUAGAUACUGUCAGAAAAGAAUCGGCUACUAUUAGGGCUGUAUUUCCUUCUCCCAAUGAUGUCAUGUCAAUAUUGGUUCAGAGAGUAAUGGAGGACCGAAUUCCAAACCUUCUAGAGAAGCUAUUAGUAAAACCAUCUCUAUUAAAUCCACCUCCUAUGAAACAAGGUGGCUUAUUGCUAUAUCUUAGAAUUCUAUCAGUGGGAUAUGAGAGGACCCAGGAACUUGCCAGAGAUCUCCGCAAUGUGGGAUGUGGUGACUUGGAUGUUGAAGGACUAACAGAAGCUCUAUUCCUUGAGCACAAAGACAUCUACCUUGAAUGUGAAAAAGCCUCCAUGAAACAACACUACAAAGCAAAGAUUGAGGAACUGAUUGCUGAGGGACAGAUUCCAUCAAGAGGAACUCCAGUAUCAUCUUCCACCCAACAUAUAUCUGUUACAGUGGUAAACGAGUUUGUGAGUUGGAAUGAGGAAGCAAUUUCAAGAUGCAAUUUGUUCUCAUCUCAGCCUGCCAUUCUUGCAGCCAAUGCCAAAGCUGUGUUUAGUUGCCUUCUACAACAAGUUAGACAAUAUACAACAGAAGGACUUGAUAGAGCUAGAGAAGGCCUCAGGGAAGCUGCUUCUAUGAAUCAGAGGUUCCAUUUGGGUCGCAAAGUUGCUGCUGCACCUUCCACUGCAGAAGGUGCAGUUUCUGUUGGUGAAACAAGUUUUAAAUCUUUCAUGGUUGCUUUACAAGCUUGUGGAAGCAGUGUGGCUAUAAUUCAACAGUAUUUUGGUAAUACCAUUUCAAGGCUUUUGUUACCUGUGGAUGGUGCACAUGCUUCUUCAUGUGAGGAAAUGGCAUCAGCAAUGUCCAGUGCAGAAAGUUCUGCUUGUAAAGGCCUCCAACAAUGCAUUGAUAUUGUAAUUGUUGAGGUGGAUCGGGUGCUUUCAGCUGAGCAAAAGCCGACUGAUUACAGGUCAGCAGAUGAUAAUCUCAUGGCAGAUCAUCGGCCUACAGUUGCAUGUACAAGAGUUGUAGCAUAUCUGUCGCGUAUGCUUGAAUCAGCAUUCACAGCACUCGAAGGUCUUAACAAACAAUCUUUCCUAUCUGAAUUGGGAAACCGCGUGCACAAAGCAGUCACAACUCAUUGGCUCAAGUUUUCUUUUAAUGCCAGUGGAGGACUAAAGCUUAAACGUGACAUCACUGAAUAUGGGGAUUUUCUACGAAACUUCAACACUCCGACUGUUGAUGAAAAAUUUGAAUUAUUAAGCAUCUUGGCCAAUAUCUUCAUUGUUGCACCUGAAAGUUUGGCAAGUCUUAUUGAGGGGACACCAAGCAUCAAAAAAGAUGCCCAAAGGUUUGUUCAGCUUAGAGAUGAUUAUAGAAGCGCGAGACUCGCAUCCAAGCUGAGUUCUGUUUGGCAUUAACUCAAUACUUAAAAAUUAGCCUCUAUAAAGUUAUUAUGAUAAUUAAUUAACAAGUGCUUUUUUAUUUGUAAUUUCAUAGGGGCUUGUUUUGGGUUUUAAUUUUAUUAAGUUUUUUGGGUGUAUGAUUGGGACAUUAUGUUGUAUGAAAGUAAUUGCUUGCACACAUUUUGAUUUAAUUAUUUUAAGCUAUAUAAAUUACCAA